AUGCGGUUCAAGGCAAUGGAAACCAUGGGAGAAACUCAAAAACGGAUGGAGAAAACAAAUGGAGUGGUUCCACCAAAGAAAAGCAGGAAAAGUACAGGAGAUGCUAUUGGAUACUUGCAAAAGAAAGCAGAAGAAGAGAUGGCAUUAAAAAGAGAAGAAAUUGAAAUAAGAAAGCAGGAAGAGGCAAGAGGAUCUCGGAUAUCGGAGCAGCAAACAAAAAUGCAGCAAGAUAUGCUAAAGAUUAUUCAGCAACAACAAGAAGAACAGCAUAGACAGCAGCAAAGAAACCAACAGCAAACACUACAGUUUAUGCAGUCUAUGUUGAACCAGCAGCAGCAGCAAUCACAGGCUAUGUUAGCUUUGAUUGAGAGGCUGGCUCCCAAGGAAAAGCGUUAA